ACAAUACUCUAUGGUUGCUCCACUUAUCUGAUAUCCAUGGUCAGUACCGUACCGGUGACGUCAUCCAGAAGCGACCCAGCGGUUUCAAAGAUGGCAGCGGUUCGCUGUCGAAGAGACCCUUGUGGAUUUGUAUGUCUGAUUUUAACGUAUUUCAGCGUUUUCUAUGCCGACUACGUGGUAAUUCAAUACGUCCUAAUCCCAGCAUAUUCCGGGAGUGCUUGGUGCUCGAUGCACGGUGCCUUCUUCAACAUCCUCCUUAUCCUGCUCCUGGCCUGUCACUCAAAGGCUGUCUUCUCAGACCCAGGUAUGGUGCCACUCCCAGAGACAGCCAUCGACUUCUCCGACCUCCGGUCUCAGUCCUCUCGCAGAAAUGAUCGGGGCUGUGAGGGCUGGACAGUGUGCAGCCGGUGUGAGACGUAUCGACCCCCCCGUGCUCAUCACUGCAGAGUCUGCCAGAGAUGCAUCCGACGCAUGGAUCACCACUGCCCCUGGAUAAAUAAUUGUGUGGGGGAGCUAAACCAGAAAUACUUUAUCCAGUUCCUCUUUUAUACUGGACUAGCCAGUCUGUACUCUAUAGCGCUGGUGGUGUCUGCCUGGGUCUGGAGGAUUCGCAGCGAGAGAGAGGGCGAUGAAGACGGAGACAGAGAUCCCAGCGAAGCUCCCAGCAAACACCUGACAGUAGCACAUUAUAUCAUCCUUCUUGUGGAGUCGGUGCUUUUUGGAGUUUUUGUCUUGGUCAUCUUCUACGAUCAGCUAGUAUCCAUCAUUACGGAUGAAACACCGAUUGAACAGAUGAAAAACAGACUAAUGAAGGACAGAGCUUCCGGCUCCCAGCACACGCACACAAUGCACACACACACACGCAAACCCAAACUAGCGCUCCUCAGAGAGGUCUUUGGAAGAGGGUCAGUUCUGUGUUGGCUGUUUCCUCUCCAUGCCAGCCCCCCCUCAGCCGGGGGGAUGACCUACUCUGCUCUGCCGGACUACGAUGUGUGACGCUGUAAUGCUGUAACCUUUAUAGUGGAAGUGUUGGAGCAGACAUUGGCUGUGUUCAAAACUGCAUACUAUCUGUACUUGGCAUACUAACUGUGAUGUAAAAUGAGUACAUAGUAUGCUUCAUGUGCAUAGUGUGCUCAUUCUGAGUCUACAAGAAGUGUCGGGAUGCAUGCAUACUACAUUGCACAUGUGCAAAAAAAUGUGAUCAAGGUUGCUCAGUGGUAAAGAGCAUCACGGCUAGGUGUCAACACUGAGUAGCCAAUCGUAUGGUGUGAUUGCAAGGAAUAAUUUCUGAUGACACAACUCUGGCAGCAGCACCACCUAGCUUUCAACUGAUGUAUUGGAAAAUGCAUUAGCAUGCACACAGCUUACUUCUGAAGAAAAUUCAAUGACAUGGCAAAUUUCCUAGAACAACCUCUGAUGACAACGGAAACAGAGGGAAGUACAGAAAAAAACUCUGUCCCGUAUUAAUUCAGUAAGGAAUGCUACAUUUUAUUCAGCGAUAAGGGACGAUUCCAUGGGGGUGGCAACACCAAAGACGCUGUAUGUGGGAGUAUGCUUGUGGGAAUCUUGGUGCAUUAAAAAACUAUAUAAAUGAUGACAGUAAUGACCAAAAGUGGAAUAUUUGUAUGGAAACUGAGAGCAGUAACACUAAAGAGAAAAUUAUCCAGCGAUUUAUAUCAGUAUUUUUAUUUAUUUUGGCCAUGGAUGAAAAAUACAUUAAUGAACAAUAUCUGUAUAUGUAGUGAAAUUUAGUCAAUCUAAUGAGAUGUGUUUACAACGUGGCUACUGAUGGCUGCAGAUGGUGUGGUUAAGGGUACUCAAUUCCAAAACAUCCUGUGUACCAGCUAUUCAUGCUGAUGUCCAUCUUAGUAUGUAAUGCAUAGUACAUACUAAUGUAGGAUUUAGUAUGUAAGUUUUGAACACAGCCAUUGUGAGAUCAGUUUUAUUGCCCCUUCCUGCAGGGUACUACAACCCAAAGAGCCACUGCUAAUAUACGCUAAUACACACCUCACUAACACACACCAAUACACACCUCACUAACACACACCAAUACACACCUCACUAACACACACCAAUACACACCUCCCUAACGCACCAAUACACACCUCACUAACACACACCAAUACACACCUCACUAACACACACCAAUACACACCUCCCUAACGCACCAAUACACACCUCACUAACACAUGCCAAUACACACCUCUCUCGCGCACCAAUACACACCUCACUAACACAUGCCAAUACACACUUACCUAACGCGCCAAUACACACCUCCCUAACACACCAAUACACACCUCACUAACACAUGCCAAUACACACCUCCCUAACGCACCAAUACACACCUCACUAACACAUGCCAAUACACACCUCACUAACACACACCAGUACACACCAAUACACACCUCACUAACACACACCAAUACACGCCUCACUAACACAUGCCAAUACACACCUCCCUAACGCAGCAAUACACACCUUACUGAGACAUUAAUAUUGUUUUCCUUAAUGUAACCAUUACUGCUGUUAAAUAAUGGAACAACAUAUUGUCAUCAGUGUGACAUCUGUAUUGGAAUGUGUAUGUAUGUGUGCACGUGCACAGUUCUUACUGUCUUAAGUGUAAAUAAUAAUGUAUUUUGUAAUGUAUUCUUAUGCAUUACUGUUACAUACAAGUGCUCAAGGAGCAGAGUGUGGCAGUAUCACCGUGCGCUUCAGUCUGAGGUGUACAGUGGGAGGUGUAGUGAUGAGGAUUAUGUACUUUACUAUUUAAUGUAUAUUAUGUACUUUACUAUUUAAUGUAUAUUAUGUACUUUACUAUUUAAUGUAUAUUAUGUACUUUACUAUUAUUAUUGCAUACAGUACAGUGUGAAAUAAAGUCUGUACAUCUGGAA